AUGAGAGAUAAUAAGGGAGCCGAGAACGUGGUGGCGGACCACCUUUCUAGGUUGGGAGGUGCAAGAAUACAUGAAGACGGUUUGCCAAUUGAAGAUGCCCUAAUGGAUGAUGUCUUAUACGCUCUUGAGGCAAAAUCGGAGCCUUGGUAUGCAGAUAUUGUGAACUACUUGGCUUGUAGUGCCAUACCUCCGGAUUUCACUCCUCAACAACAUCGAAGGCUCAAGCAUGAAGCAAAGAAGUAUAUAUGGGAUGACCCCAUGUUGUUGAAGAGACGGGUGGAUGGACUUUUGAGAAGAUAUUUUCCUAAUGAAGCGUUCCAAGAUGUGCUCUCAAUGUGCCACUCAUCCCCUUGUGGUGGUCAUAUGAGUGCUCAAAAGACCGCUUCCAAGGUGCCAAAGGACGGGGAACAUAUCAAGGCAAUUGACUUCAUGGGCCCUUUCAUCUCAUCCCAAGGAAACCGGCACAUUCUAGUUGCCAUUGAUUAUGUUUCCAAGUGGGCGGAAGCCGUGGCAUCUCCCACCAACGACUCAAAGGUGGUCAUCAAUUUGUUCAAGAAAGUCAUCUUCCCAAGAUUCGGUGUUCCUAAGGCAAUCAUAAGUUAUGGAGGUUCACACUUCAAGCACCAUACAUUCAACAAGCUUCUUUCAAAGUGUGGUGUAUCGCACAAGAGAGGCCUUGCUUACCACCCCCAAACAAGUGGUCAAGCGGAGGUCACAAAUAGGGAAUUGAAAGUCAUCAUGGAGAAAAUCGUUGCUAGAACAAGGAAGGAUUGGUCUAGUAAGCUCAUUGAUUCAUUGUGGGCAUAUAAGACCGCCUUCAAGACUCCUAUAGGGACUACCCCCUAUAAGCUUGUUUUUGGGAAGAAUUGCCAUUUACCCGUAGAAAUGGAGCACCGAACGCAUUGGGCAAUCAAGUAA